UCGAUUGUGGGGGUUUGCCAAAACACGAUCAUUCCAAAGUGUUCAGGACAGCCAGCGACAGCACGCAUCGAAAUGUUUUCCUCAGAAUCGUUCAUUGAGCUGUAGGAAGCGGACGUGCGACCAUCCGCGUAUGCUAUGCGGCAACAUCAACGUGUGUGAUACGAGAGCCCAAAGAAGAGAAAACUUGUGAAGUGUACAAACGAAGAAAGAAUUCCCGAUAAUCCUUAGUUUUCAAUCAGUUUUACUUGCGUUCUGCAAUCAAGAGGAUUUCCUGGAGUGCAGUGAUCGUCGCUAACGGUGCAAAUAUCGGCCGGAAAAGGUGUAGCAUCCGAACAGAAUGGACCAACCCAAUCGUGGACGCGGUCGCGGAACACGUGGCGGACCCGGCGGCAGCGGUGCGCAGCCGAACUGGAAGCAGGGCGGUGGUCCCUCCCGCCCACCGUACGUUUCCGACCGCCCCCAGGAAGCAGCAGGCACUAGCGGAAAUGGUGGCCACGGUAACGGCAAUGGCAACGGCAACGGCAACGGAAAUGGAAAUGGAGAUCCAUCCACUAGAUCCGUCGUACCGGUGGCACAGCGCGGCGGCGGCAACGGUGGCGGAGCAGGGGCCGGCGAUGGGCCGUCGGGGCGGGGUGCGAUGCGCGGAUCGCGCUACGUGCCGGAGGUGGUCGUGACCCGGCUGCCGAACGCACCGUCCAAGCAUGGCACGCUCGGCACUAAGCUGCUGCUCAAGACGAACUACUUCCGGCUGACGCGCAAGGAGGACAGCGUCAUCUUCCAGUACCGCAUCGACUUCGAUCCGGUGGUGGAGGAUCAGCGGGUGGUGCAUGCGCUGCUCCGCACCCAGGGCCCGCUGUUCGGGCCGUACAUCUUCGACGGCACGAUGCUGUUCCUGUACAACAAGCUGCGGCAGGACGAGGUCGAGCUGCAGGUGAAGGACCCGCGCACCGACCUGCUGUACAAGCUGCGCAUACGGCGCGUCGGCACGGUCGACAUGACGUCGGAGAAGGCGUUCCUCAUACUGAACCUGAUGCACCGGCAGGCGAUGGGCAGCCUGAAGCUGCUGCCGAUCAAUCGGUACUACUUCGACCCGCUGGCCAAAAUCUCCAUCCCCCAGUACGGGCUGGAGCUGUUCCCCGGGUACGUGACGUCGAUCCGGCAGCACGAGAAGGACGUGCUGCUGUGCGUGGAGAUCACGCACCGGGUGAUGCGCACGGACACGGUGUACAAGACGCUGCAGAACAUGCAGCGGCAGCCGGGCGCGUUCCGGGAGAACUUCGUCAAGAUGGUCGUCGGCUCGCAGGUGAUGUGCACGUACAACCAGAAGUCGUACAAGGUGACGGACGUCGACUUCAACACCACGCCGUCGUCGUCGUUCACCAGCCGGGAGGGCGAAAACAUCACCUUCAUGGAGUACUACCGCAAGGCGUACAACAUUACGAUCCGCGACCCGAAGCAGCCGAUGCUGGUGUCGACGCCGAGCCAGCGCAUGCUGCGGUCGGGCGCGAGCGGCCCGAUCCUGCUCGUGCCGGAGCUGUGCCGGCUGACCGGCAUCACGGACGACAUGCGGCGGGACUUCAAUCUGAUGCGCAGCAUCGCGGACCAGACGCGCAUCGGGGCGGACAAGCGCAUCGAGCGGCUGCAGCGGUUCAACGAGCGGCUGCAGGAAACGCCGGCCAGCCGGGAGGUGUUCACGUUCUGGAAGACGGAGCUCGACCGGCGCCUGGUGGAGGUGCCGGCCCGCCUGCUGGCGCAGGAGACGAUCAUGUUCCGGGCGGACGGGGGCGGCGUGCCGGCCGGCCCGGAAGCGGACUGGAAUCAGGCGUUCCGCAACAAUCACAUGUUCAAGACGGUGCCGCUGCAGCGCUGGUUCAUCGUGUGCGAGCGCAAGGCGGAGCAGCUGACCCGGGACUUUGUCGGUGCGAUGAUGCAGGUCUCGAACGGGAUGGGCUUCAAGGUGGCACAGCCGCAGAUCCUCUAUCUGCAGAACGAUUCGGGCGCGUCGUACACGAACGCCAUCAACGAGCUGAUGAACAAGGAUCCGCAGCUGGUGAUGUGCAUCGUGCCGAACGAUCGGGCCGACCGGUACAAGGCGAUCAAGAAGAAGUGCUGCGUCGACCGGCCGCUCCCGUGCCAGGUGAUAAAGGCGCGCACGAUCACGCCGAAGAAUCAGAACCUGCGCGCGCUGCUGACGAUCGCGACCAAGGUGAUGAUACAGCUGAACUGCAAGCUCGGCGGCAUACCGUGGAUCGUGAAGAACCCGCUCAGCAGCGUGAUGGUGGUCGGGUUCGACGUGUGUCACGACGCGAGCGACAAGUCGCUCUCGUACGGUGCGCUGGUCGCGACGAUGUACGCCGCCAAGCACAUCGAGCCGAAGUACUUCUCGGUGAUCGAGCGGCACCAGCGGGGCGAGGAGCUGUCCAGCUUCCUGUCCAGCAACAUCGUGAAGGCGCUGCGCAAGUACCAGGAGCAGUUCGGCGAGGGCGUGCUGCCCCGCCGCAUCCUCGUGUACCGCGACGGCGUCGGGGACGGUCAGCUCGGCCACGUGGUCGACCACGAGGUGCGCGCGAUCAAGGAGAAGCUGACGCGGGUGUACGAGAACCACGAGUUCAAGUCGCAGCUGACGGUGAUCGUGGUGAACAAGCGCAUCAACACGCGCCUGUUCGACGGGGGUCGCAACCCGCCGCCCGGCACGGUGGUGGACGAUAUCGUCACGCUGCCGGAAAGAACCGACUUCUUCCUUAUCUCGCAAUCGGUGCGCCAGGGUACGGUGUCCCCGACCUCGUACAACGUGAUCUUCGACGAGAGCGGCCUCAAGCCGGAUCAGCUGCAGGUGUACACGGCGAAGCAGACCCAUCUGUACUACAACUGGUGCGGUUCGGUUGCCGUACCGGCUGUCUGCCAGUACGCCCACAAGCUCGCGUUCCUGGUUUCGCAGUUCAUCCAUAACCAGCCCCACAAUAUGCUAGAAGGCCGCCUCUAUUAUCUGUAGAGAGUCAGCGAAAGAGAGGAAGAGAGAGAGAGAGAUAGAGAGAGAAAAAGAGUGCGAGACAGAGAGAGAUAGAGAGAGGGAGGAAGAGAGAAAAAAAGAAAGGGGUGAGAGAUAGAGAAAAA